CUGUAAACUAACAAGCGUCCAUAAAAAGCAGACGAAAAAAGAAUCCGGAAAUGUCAACAAAUCUUUGAAAGUGAGUUCUACAUUACAGUUCUGAGAAUGACAUAAAUUUAAGCAGACAUCAUAACAGUCAAGCAAGAUGGAGCAUGACUACGGGAGUGUUAACCCACCUAAUGGCUACGAGCCCACAUCUACCUCCUCAAAAUCAGACCUGAUUGAAAAGGAUAAGGAAUCCAAUACUAAGAAUUAUCCGUACUCAGUGUUCUUUAUUCUGUCCAAUGAGUUCUGUGAAAGAUUUUCCUACUAUGGGAUGAGAGCUAUCCUGGUGCUGUACCUGACAAGAUGGCUAGGGUUUGGGGACGCUCCGGCGACAUCCAUCUUUCAUGCAUGGUCAAUGAUGUGCUACUUUAUGCCCUUGAUUGGUGCUGUUGUAGCUGAUGGAUAUCUUGGAAGAUACAGGACCAUACUGAUAGUUUCAUGUGUGUACUUUGUUGGGAGUUUGGUUCUUGCUGUAACUGCAGUGCCUCCACCAGAAGUUAUUGGUCCAAGUAUAGGGCUGUUUCUGAUAGCCUGUGGCACAGGAGGGAUUAAAGCCUCUGUGGCCCCAUUUGGAGCUGACCAGUUUGUUCCUGGACAGGAGAAGUGGCAGAAUUCUUUCUUCUCUGCCUUCUACUUCAUGAUCAACCUUGGCAGUACUAUAUCCAUCCUACUGACACCUGUACUCAGAGCUGAUGUGCAGUGCUUCGAGGAUGAUUGCUAUCUUCUUGCCUUUGGUGUUCCUGCAAUACUUAUGUUACUGUCCAUAUGUUUGUUCUUCAUGGGGCGAAACCAGUACACAAGAGUUCCCCCCACCGGUGAUGUGAUUGGAAAAACUUUCAAAUGUAUCUUUUCUGGUAUAGUUGGAAAGUUUCAAAGCACCAAGUAUGAAGAAGAACGACCACACUGGUUGUACUAUGCUGAUGACAAGUUUGAGAACUGGUUUAUCGAGGACGUGAGGCGUCUGUUACGUGUACUGCUGAUGUUCCUACCUCUGCCUCUUUUCUGGGCAUUAAAUAAUCAACAGGGAUCAAGGUGGACACUGCAAGCGGAACACAUGGAUGGCAGCAUGGGAAUAUUUGGCAAACUGAAGCCCGACCAGAUGCAGGCACUGAACCCACUACUGAUCCUCAUAAUGAUUCCCAUACUUGACAAAAUUGUCUACCCCUUCCUGGAUAAGUGUAGGAUACCCAACAGACCCCUACAGCGGAUGGUUGUUGGACUUUAUAUCAGCUCACUUGCCUUUGUGUGUGCAGGCCUUGUGCAGAUGAAGAUUGAUAAAGCUGAAGACCCUGCGCUGGGGGCUGGUCAGACAGGAAUUACCUUCCUUAACACUUUGCCUUGUAAUGUGAAAGUGACCUCCCCUUUUUACGAAGGAAAUGUCCUCAGUUUACAGAUGAGUGAUUUCCUAGACAGACCUGAUGGCCACUACAGGGUGAAAGUGGAAUCGUUGUGUGGUAAAACUGAUUCCAAAAAAGUGGAACAAGUAUUCAACUUUGCUGAUAGGUCAUCCUACAGGGUGAUCGUGUACGAGACUGAGGAUAAAGCAUUGAAAAUUGGACAGUUCCCAGACCAACGAUCAAAACCCAAAAAUGGAGAUUCUGCACUAAGCAUAUUUUCAACAACAGACGUUAUAGUAAAUCAUAUCUCAUUGAUUACCAACACGAGGGAUAAUCUUCAGUAUGGAAAAAUGGGCGUCAUUUACAACAUCUCUCAGUACAAUGUCUCUGAAUUUUUUACCAUGGAACCUUCAAAGUACGGCAUAUUCGUGCCAGACCUUGUUAAUGACAAGUGGAUCAACAUGGGUAUCAGUGUACAACUGAACUCAGGGGGCGUCUACACAGUAUUUAUAUCCGGAAAUGAGAAAAAUAUGUCAUUGACACUGUAUGUUGACCUCAAAGAAAACACAGUGUCCAUGCUUUGGCUAGUGCCCCAGUAUAUUCUCAUCACAGUGGGCGAGGUCCUCUUCUCAGUAGCAGGGAUUUCAUUCGCUUACUCUCAGGCCCCUAACUCAAUGAAAUCAGUGGUCCAAGCCAUGUGGUUAUCCACUACAGCCCUGGGGGAUCUGGUGGUCAUCAUUGUGGCCAACAUACAUGCAAUACCAUCUCAGAUGGCCGAAUUCUACCUAUUUGCCAUACUGAUGUUCAUCGACACCGUCAUCUUCAUGAUCAUGUCGUUCUUCUACAAUUACAAGCCAAACUCUCUGUACACCGAACUCCCUGACGAGCUCACCAUUCCCACAGAUGGGCUGGACAAUACGAUCACUGAUCGUAAUGUUGACACUUAUACAAGCAACAGCGAGAAUGUUCCUCUACAUCUCAGAAAAGUGUCCAUUACACCUCAAGAAUAGUUUUUCUUGUUAAGAUAAAUGUUUUCAUAUUAAGAAGUUUCUCUAGACCACACCAAGAUCUUAAAUAUAGGGCAAAUAACACAGUUUUUCUUGUUGUCAAUUUUCUUAGCAAUGAAAAUGUACUUGGCAAUGAAAAAAUGCCAGUCAUUGAAAUUGUUCUAGGCAAUUAAUUAACUAUGCAAUAUAAGUGUAUAAGGCAAUGAAAUAUAUACUAGGCAAUACAAAUGUUUUUGGCAUUGACCAAAUUCUAGGCAAUAACAUGUACUAGGCAUUAAAAAUGUUCUAUGCAAUAUACAUUUAUAGGCAUUGAAAUGUUCUAGGCAAUAAAGAUAUACUGACAAUGAAAAGGUACUAGGCAAUGAGAAUAUACUAAGAAAUGAAAAUGUAGUAGAAAUUGAAAAUGAACUAGGCAAAGAAAAUAUACUAGGCAAUGAAAAUGAAAAUAUAUAAGGAGAAAUUUUCUAGGCAAUAAAAAUGUACUAGCCUAGGCAAUGAAAAUGCACUAGCUUAGGUAAUGAUAAUGUACAAGACUAGGCAAUGAAAAUGUACUAACCUAGGAAAUGGAAAUAUACAAGUCUAGGCAAUGAAAAUGUACUAGGCGAUGAAAAUAUUCUAGGAGAAGAAAUUUUCUAGACAAUGAAAAUGUACUAGCCUAGGCAUUGAUAAUGUACUAGCCUAGGCAAUGAUAAAGUACUAGCCUAGGCAAUGAAAAUGUACUAGCCUAGGUAAUGAUAAUGUACUAGCCUAGGCAAUGAAAAUGUACUAGCCUAGGCAUUGAUAAUGUACUAGCCUAGGCAAUGAUAAAGUACUAGCCUAGGCAAUGAAAAUGUACUAGCCUAGGUAAUGAUAAUGUACUAGCCUAACCAAUAAAAAGUACUAGGCAAUGAAAUUGUACUAGCCUAGGCAAUGCAAAUAUACUAGCCUAGGCAAUGAUAAUGUACUAGGCAAUGUGAAUGUUACCUAUUAUCAGUGUAUAGCAUAUUGGUAAGAUUGCAACUUUAAAAGAAAUUUGGCUCAAUCAUGCCAUUGAUAUUACUGAACAGUUGUAACAGUUUUUAGUUGGUAUGAUAUAUUUUGAUUCUGUGUAAUUUUAACAUUCUCAACUCAUAAAAGCCUUUCAAUGACAAACUAAGAGCUCUAUGAUUAACCGUAUUGAAGUCUUAUAAUUGGAACAGUUGCUAGUUAUUUAAUAGCUAUAUGCACUUAUAAUGCACACACAAACAGGAAGAUUUAUUAAAUUGCAUGUUUACAGCUGAGGUGCACAAGUGACAUAGGUGAUAUUUACAAUGCACAAUGUUAUAUAAUACACUGGUAUUGUUCAUUCAUUCAUCAGCAAAAAAAAAUGAAGGUUAUAUCUGCUGUAUUUUUUUCUCAAAUUUUGAAAUGAGGUUGUGUGAAAUACAUGGUUGCUUUUAUUUAUUGUAUUUUCAAGUCUGCAAGAUUAAAGAAUCUCAUUUUGUGUUUUAAUGUGUACUGUUAAUUUGUUUUUAUUGUGUAUAAUAUUUAUAUUUCACUUUUUUUAUGUAAUGCAAUCUGCGAAAAUCUGGCCACAGGUGAAAAUGAUCUAAUGCAAGUAAUCCCAUGUUUUCUACAAACCAUAUUUUUUAUUUGGUUGUAUAUGUCAAUUAACAAAGAGUAUGAAAACCAAAUAAAACCAUUGUUCAACCUUAAAAUCUUUGCUUUUAAGUUUUGAGUCAAUAUAGUACACUGGCUAAAUAUUAUGGUCACAAAUAUUUACAUUGUAUUUUGUAUUAAAUGUUAAUGUUUAUUUGUCCAGUCACUUUUGUGUUUGUUUGCAUGUGUUUUUUUUUAUAGAAAUAUGUAUAUAGAUUUCUUUUAUUUAAAAUUAUAAAGUAGUUUUCUUUGCACAAUUUUAAAUGUAUAUACAUAAAUUUUAGCUUUUUGUGAUAUUUGAAAUAUUUCUUAUAUUAAUGGACAGGUAUAAGGACGUGCAAGUUAUAAGUUAGUAGUAAAGGUACUAGCUCAUGUUUUUGGACCCAAAAUUAAUUUUUCCCAUUACUGCCACUGAAAACACUUAUUUUAUUAUUUUUUUACUCUAUAAUAUCGAAAUUGCAAUAAUUGAAAAAAUAAUUUUUUAUAGUAUUUUAAAAUACUUUUGGAUUAAGUGGGGUGCGAAACCACGUCUGUCAAGUCAAGAAAAAAAAACAACACCUUCACCACUAGGCUACCAAGACUAUCACAAAAGUAAUGAAUAUUUUGAUUUUUUAACAAUACAUGGAUGACUCCAUGAGAUUAUGUCAAUUAAUCAAUCAAGCAGCAACCAAGCUGUAAUUUAGUGACCAUUAACGCAUUGAAACUUGUAGUCUUCAAAGUCGGUAUUUGAGCAAAGAAGGGUUCCAACUUUUGGUAUCUUAGUUUUAACAAUCCUAAUGAUUUGCCAAACUUAAUUUCGUCAUACAGAAAGUGCGUAAUACAAAAACACGAGCAAGUCCCUUUAAUAUGCUGAAAAACCCCAUCAGUCUUAGCUUUCACGAAGGUUAACCACUAUUUUUAUGUAUUGGAGUUGCAAAUGAAUUGAAAUGAAGUUCGGUUAAUGAAAUGUCAUAUUUUUGAAAUUAAUAUUGCUCAUUUAAAUCUUUAAACUACUGGUUGUGAAACGUUCAGUUAGUGCAAUUUUUCUUGUGCAUUUACAAAGUUGAAGUUCUUUUGUCUUGUUAAAGCUUGAUAGUUUUGUGCAUUGUUUAUUAUUGUUGUUCUUAUCUGAAAUAAACUUUUCACCAUA